AUGUCUCGGGACGCGUGGACGGCUCUUCAUACCAGGUAUGUUUCGCAGUCCCGGGCGCGUGCUCAUGCUAUUCGCACUGAGCUUGGCGAGGUGAAGCUUAAUGACCUCAACGUCACCGACUACUUCAACAAAGUGACGGGUAUGGCUGGCACACUUGCCUCCAUUAGCCAGGCUCUUGGUCCAGAGGAGUUCAGUUAUUUUGUGCUCAAUGGACUGGGUGACAACUAUGAUAAUUUGGUGGACAAUAUCAAUGGUCGUGACACUCCCAUCCAGCCGCGUGAGUUGUACGUGUGUCUCCUCGCUACGGAACAUCGCAUCCAGGCUCGCCGCUCUACGUCGAGUUUCCCUUCCGCCAACGCUGCAACGCGUGGCAAGAGAAAGUCCUACAAGCCACCAAUUGGUGCCAAACAUCCACUGGCCGCGCCCAACCCGCGGAACUCCACUACAUUCGCGGGCGGCCGCGGCCGUGCCUACUGUCCCUCAUGUGGUGCUCAGGUCCCCUGCCAGCUAUGUGGUCUUGAUGGUCACCUUGCUUCCCGUUGUCAUCGUCGCUUCAAGCAAGAUUUCCUGAGGAUUGGGAACAAUGGCAAGGGUAAUGAGAAGCAGGCUGCCCUGGCGAGUCAUGAGCAGGGCCACACUCCUUCCUAUCAUGUUGAUGCAUCGUGGUACACGGAUACGUGA